UCCCAUUUCAUUUCAGUGUUACCCGUUACAUGAGCAUCAACGCACCAAAUUAUAAUUCGUUAUUUCCUUUCGGGCUAGUGAAUCGAGAAUUUUCAUAAAAAUAUGAACGAUCCAACUGACGCAUCAUAUUCCAAUGAUUUCUUAUCGAACGGGUUCUAUCAAUUAUACACCACGCAUUACGAUGACGAUAUUUUAUUGUGGAACGGCGGUGAUCCGGUAUUAAAUGCCAGUGAUGAUGCUGUACCAUUUCGAUCUGUUGGUGAUAAUGGUGACAAGUGCUUCGGUUAUUCCAAUUAUGAAGUGAUGCGAAAUGAACAUAAAAUUAUUGAUGAUGUGACAGACACGUCGAACCAUUUGUGGUCCAUUCCGUUGGAAAGUAACUUAACGAAAAUCGGUGGUGAUUGGGAAUUGAACAUUGAGAAUUUGUUGUUUGAAAAUUCGGUCGAAUGUCCCGAAUGGCAGUUGACCGCCAACGAUCAAUUACCGGAUAAGACGGUGUUUUGUAGUGAUUCAUGUAAUCUGUUCCUGAAGGAGAGUUCGGAGAGUCUUCUGUCCAAUUUGAAUUCCUUUGAUUCGGAUAAAAGCAAACAUUUCUCAUUGGACAUCAGCCACACCGAUCAGGACAAAAUAUUCGUUUGCACGUUCAACGACUGUAAGAAAGUUUACGCAAAAUCGGCACACCUGAAAGCCCAUCUCAGGCGGCACAUUGGCCUGAAACCAUACGUUUGUUCGUGGCCGAAUUGUACAUGGAAAUUUUCCAGAUCUGACGAACUGAGCCGCCACCGGAGAUCACAUUCUGGUAUUAAACCCUACCAAUGUCUGUAUUGCACCAAGUGCUUUUCGAGAUCCGAUCAUCUGACCAAACAUCGCAAAGUGCAUGAACGUAAAAUGGCUGCAAUGAAGGUGAAGUCGAAUUGGUCCAAUCUAUCGCAUUACGCUCGGCAAGGAAGGAAAAGUAAAAUAUCACCGCCAUCAGUGCUUGAAUGAGUCACAUUGGCUUCACUGACACUAGAUAGAGAUGAGUUUUGAAACUAAGUCGAGUAAUUUUUGUGAUAAAUUUGUAAUAUCAGCGAAGUGCCAUAAUGUCUCCCUAAGAUAAAGAUUUCUUUCCCCCAAAAUUAACCUGCCUCUUCCGCCGUAAUUUCUGGUCAAUUACUUGUUUAGUGUAUGCCCAAAGAGCCCCCAGAACGGUCGCUUGAGUCAAAAAUAGUUCGUUAAAUACUUUUUCGGUUGUUUUUGUAAUGACCUAUCUUCCCCACCAAACAUCUCAAAUUAUAAACACAAUCAAGAUUUCGGACAUCAAGUUAAAAUUAUUGAGGGAAGAAGGAUUCAAAGGGCAUUUGUAUGUGCACAACAACAAAAAGAGUCUGUGGCAGUAUUGAAAAGUUCAACCGGUGCAACGAUUCUUAGUAGCUAAAAAUAUUUUUCGAAACUUGACCUAGCCAACCAUCUGAAGCAAAAAGUUCUUGAAUUGGAUCUACCUCACCUAUAGUCAAUGAGCACAAAUAACAGUGUAAGAUUAGCGAUUUUAGCGUAGUUACAGCUGAAGGUUCUUUGGACCUUCAUGAAACGAAAACUGGAAAAUACUUCCGGUGGAAGCAGGUUAAGUUAAAAAAUAUAUUUUCACGUGUGAGGUGUGAUUCAUCUCAUUUUCUCUACUCAAAGGCCAUAAGUUCAUAUUUGUAACAAAAGAAACAAACAUCGCCACAUUCUACGUAAAAAGGUUAGAUGUCCUUCCGAUACGCAUGGCACCCUUACUUGAAAAUCUUCAAUAUGACAAAUUAUUAUUGAUGUUCUCGUCGAGGUUCUCGUUUCGUGGAGAAAAAUGGUUAAUCACACCAAACAUACAUGAAAAAUGUUGUGUUCACCUCCGGAAGAAAAUAAGAAAUUCCAACUCGAGCGAUAGGGGGCUCUCGCUUCGCUCUGGACAAAAAACUUCACUAUUAUUGGAGUUUCCUGUUUCAUGCACUCGGUGAACAAAUAACUAUUUAUUACGAAUCAUGUUACGUUGAAUAAAUUGAAAAUUUUGGAAAUGAAAAUAUAUUUCAAAUGUUAGACUACCAAAUGUUUGUAAUUGUUAUAAACUAAUACCACAACGUAACAGCAAUGCCUUUUGUUUCUAUGUUUUUAUACAAAUAAUAAAUUAUGAUUACGAUUACUUUUUGCAUCAUACAUAGAGCUUUUUAAGAUGCGAUGAGUUUAAUUGUCCGAAGAUAUUUCCGUUGAAUGAAUAAUAACUCGAAAUCCAACAGCCAAUCAGGAAUUUUGCUGUGGUCAAUUAUUGUGAGUAUACUUUCAUCGGCU